GUACAUGUACCAUUCAAUGUAUGCAAAAGGAAGUGAAAGAAACAUUGACGCAUAUUUACCUCGUACACAAUUCUCGGUCGCUUGUGAAAAAGUGUUUCCAAGCAAACAAAUGACUGUAACAACAAAUUUAUUUGUCAACAUCGUACAAAACGUUUUUAAACUCACUAUACUCCUUUCUCAACAUCAACAGUUUAAAUAGUUUUUAUGGUACAGCUGUGUAAUGGCUGAUGGUGUAACUGAGAUGAAAGAAAUGAUGGAUAUAAAUAGCUUAAGGCAAAGAAUUCCACCAUUACCGGAUGGUAAACAGUACCGCUUUUUUCUGGUAGCUGCUGAGGAGGAUCGGGACAGAGUUUUAACUAUUAAGUGCAAACUUGAGCAGUUUAAUGCAAAAUGUUUAUACGAAGCUUUGACAAAUUCGAGUUCAUAAAGACUGGAAUGAUUCGCUCGAUCAAAAUUGUCCUAUUUGUGUCGCCAAUGUUUUUGAGUGACAGUAUGUGUGUUCUUCAACAAAAUAUUGCCUUAGCGGCAUCUUUGGACGAGAGAAUACCGUGCAUUGUCCCAGUUUUACUUGAGGACGUAGAGGAUAUAUCAGCUCUUGCUACCCUUAGAUUUGUUAACGCAAAGAACUCAGAUAAUGACGACAUAUCGGAAGGUGUUGUCAAAUCUGUGACUGGUUCAGAUUUGUAUGCGACAAUGCUUCCAUUCGAAUGUGCAAGUGUAUUUGCCAGAUGUAUGUAUUUUAGCAUGAACAUUUUGUAA